GUCAGAGGCGGAGUAUAAAGAAAAGAGCCGCGCACGCUGCUUUCUCUCCUCUGCUUCCCUCAGUAGCACCGUUGAGGGAGAUCAGCUGAUUCUUUGGCGAUUAAAUCUACAAAAUCUACUAAACCAACCAAGAUGCCUGAAGAAAUGCGGCAAGAAGAGGAGGCUGAGACCUUUGCCUUCCAGGCAGAGAUCGCCCAGCUGAUGUCGCUCAUCAUCAACACCUUCUACUCCAACAAAGAGAUCUUCCUCAGAGAGCUCAUCUCCAACGCCUCUGAUGCUCUUGACAAAAUCAGAUAUGAAAGUUUGACUGAUCCUACCAAACUGGACAGUGGAAAGGACCUGAAGAUUGACAUCAUCCCCAACCUUCAUGAACGCACUCUUACCAUCAUUGACACCGGUAUUGGAAUGACCAAAGCAGAUCUCAUUAAUAAUCUGGGUACCAUUGCAAAGUCUGGGACAAAGGCCUUCAUGGAGGCUCUUCAGGCUGGUGCAGAUAUCUCCAUGAUUGGGCAGUUUGGUGUGGGCUUCUACUCUGCUUACUUAGUAGCCGAGAAGGUCACCGUUGUCACCAAAAACAAUGAUGAUGAACAAUAUGUCUGGGAGUCUUCCGCCGGUGGCUCUUUCACAGUCAAAGUGGACAGUGGUGAGCCCAUUGGUCGUGGAACCAGAGUCGUCCUUCACCUAAAAGAGGAUCAGACCGAGUACAUCGAGGAGAAGAGGGUGAAGGAAGUGGUCAAGAAACACUCCCAGUUUAUUGGAUACCCAAUCACAUUGUUUGUGGAGAAAGAACGUGACAAGGAGAUCAGCGAUGAUGAGGCAGAGGAGGAGAAGGCUGAGAAGGAGGAGAAAGAGGAAAAGGAGGAAGGCGAAGAUAAGCCCAAAAUCGAGGAUGUUGGCUCUGAUGAUGAAGAGGACUCCAAAGAUAAGGACAAGAAGAAAAAGAAGAAGAUCAAGGAGAAGUACAUCGACCAGGAAGAGCUGAACAAGACCAAACCCAUCUGGACCAGAAACCCUGAUGACAUCUCUAAUGAAGAAUACGGAGAGUUUUACAAGAGCCUGACCAACGAUUGGGAGGACCACCUGGCAGUCAAGCAUUUCUCUGUGGAGGGUCAGCUGGAGUUCCGCGCCCUUCUCUUUAUCCCUCGCCGCGCCCCCUUUGACCUCUUUGAGAACAAGAAGAAGAAGAAUAACAUCAAACUGUACGUGAGACGUGUCUUCAUCAUGGACAGCUGUGAGGAGCUCAUCCCAGAGUAUCUCAACUUCGUUCGUGGUGUCGUGGACUCAGAAGAUCUGCCCCUCAACAUCUCCAGAGAGAUGCUGCAGCAGAGCAAGAUUCUCAAAGUCAUCCGCAAGAACAUCGUGAAGAAGUGCCUGGAGCUCUUUGCUGAGCUAGCUGAAGACAAGGAGAACUACAAGAAAUUUUAUGACGGUUUCUCUAAGAAUCUGAAACUGGGCAUCCACGAAGACUCUCAGAACCGUAAGAAGCUGUCAGAACUGCUGCGUUAUCAAAGCUCGCAGUCCGGAGAUGAGAUGACCUCCCUCACAGAAUACGUCAGCCGCAUGAAGGAAAACCAGAAGUCCAUCUACUACAUCACUGGUGAGAGCAAAGAUCAAGUCGCCCACUCUGCUUUCGUGGAGCGCGUGUGCAAGAGAGGAUUUGAGGUUCUCUACAUGACCGAGCCCAUCGAUGAGUACUGCGUACAACAGCUGAAGGACUUCGAUGGCAAGACUCUCGUGUCCGUCACCAAGGAGGGGCUGGAGCUGCCUGAGGAUGAGGAGGAGAAGAAAAAGAUGGAGGAAGACAAAGCCAAGUUUGAGAACCUCUGCAAGCUUAUGAAGGAGAUUUUGGACAAGAAAGUAGAAAAGGUCACCGUUUCAAACCGUCUGGUUUCCUCACCCUGUUGUAUCGUAACCAGCACUUACGGUUGGACGGCCAACAUGGAGAGGAUCAUGAAAGCCCAGGCCCUGAGGGACAACUCCACCAUGGGCUACAUGAUGGCCAAGAAACAUCUGGAGAUCAACCCUGACCAUCCCAUCAUGGAGACCUUGAGGCAGAAGGCCGACGCAGAUAAAAACGACAAGGCUGUGAAAGAUCUGGUCAUACUUCUGUUCGAGACUGCACUGCUGUCCUCCGGCUUCUCAUUGGAUGAUCCUCAGACGCACUCGAACCGCAUCUACAGGAUGAUCAAACUGGGAUUGGGUAUCGAUGAGGAUGAAGAUGUGCCCGUGGAGGAGCCAACCUCCGCCCCUGCUCCUGAAGACAUCCCUCCUCUGGAAGGAGAUGAUGACGCCUCUCGCAUGGAGGAAGUCGAUUAAACCCUGCUGUUUCAAAAAAAAAACACUUCCCUUAAUCAUUCCUUGACAUCCCAUAUUUUCUCUUUGACCUGUAGAAGGUUAACCUGCUCUCAGUAAUGAUUCCUACAAGAAUCAGAUUGUAACAUGUACUGUCAACUUUUGCUCAGUUUUGAGCCGUAAUGUACUUGUUUUUUUAUUUUAUGUGUGACGUUCGUGGCGCGACGGGUUGACGCAGUAUUGUCUGAGCACAAUGAGCACUGUGUUUCACAGAUACUGAGGCCUGAAAUCUUUCUGCAUGGAGGCGAGAGACUUGCCUGAGUACAGGCUUCUACUGUUUUGUUUUCAGAAAUAAAAACACCUGGUGAAACCUUA